AGAGCGGAACAGCUGAUCGCCCGACGUCACCAAGGCGCCGUUGACAACACAGCUGCAACAGCAGCACGAGUUUCACCUUGUUGUGAACUCAACUGGACACGCACUCAGUAACCGAGGAACGACGGCAGCAAAACUUGAGAUGCCGAAACACUGCUCUGUACCAAACUGCAAGAAUGACUCAGGAAGUAGUAACGAGAGGAAAAGCUUCUACAAGUUCCCUCUACAGGACCAGGAUCGGCUGCAGCAGUGGCUGAAGAACAUGGGACAAGAGAACUGGACUCCCUCUCGACAUCAGUAUAUUUGUAAUGAACAUUUCGAACCUUCGUGUUUCAAGGUCAGAUGGGGAAUUCGUUACCUUGAGACUGACGCGGUGCCAACAAUUUUCCACGAGAAACGCAAAGCCAUGGAUGAACCUGAGAAGGAGGCGAAGCGGCUUCGAACAGCUUCAGACUGCAAACAAAGCCAGACAGUGUCAGAUGACGGAAUGACAGUUGUCGACGCUGUUCAGGCUGAAAACACACUGCACACAGUAAACCUGUAUGAGAUCACAGCGGACUCAUCGCAGAGGUCUGAAACCAGUCUGCCAGAGUUAAGUGUUGAUGGGUACUCUGUGAUGUUCGCAUCAGCACAUGGUUUUGAAAUCGGGGGAAAAUUACCUGCAAAGUUUUUCCAGAGAGAAAACAAUGUCAAAAGUUGUGGAGAGACCACAGAGGUAGUACUGGUGGCUGAGUGUCCUGUCAUGGACAGGCAAGAGGAGCUCCUGAACGUAAACACUGUUGCCAUUUUGACACCACGCCACGAGGGGUUUACAAACAACUCUACCCUUAGAGAUGAGACAGUGGUCCACCUGGAGGCGGAAGGUCUGACCCCUUCAUCAGAGGAGUUCCUUGACCUCCAACAAGCCUACACCACCCAAGUCAUCGCCUAUUUUGAGACAAUACCAAACGUCUUCCCCAGUGAAACAUCGACCUGGUUUGCGUUUCCUCCAGAUACAGUGCUGUCGUCGGCUCUAAGCCCUAAGCCCAUCCCAUCCACAGUGCCAAUAGUGUCUAAACACACUCCGUCGUCACAGACGUCUGUGGUCGUGAAGGGGGAAGGACUGGAAUCAAAUGGGGGGAAUGGAGAUGAUGGUGAAUCAGACGAAGAUAGUAUGGAGUCGGAGGAUCAUCAGCUGGAGGAGCACAGCUACCAUAAGAACAGUUUGAAUAAGCAGCAGCUGGAGACUGUGGUGGUUGAGCUGCAGAAGAAGGUUAAAGUUCUGCAGCAGAGACACCGUCAACAUGUGGAAAAGCUUAUGGGUCUGGAAAACACGGUCAGCCAGCUGAGGCAAAACAAUCUGCUGAAUGAGGAGCGGCUUCAACUGCUGGAGAUGGCCUACGUGCAGACGAGCACGGCCUUGACUGAUGCAGGUGAGACAGUGGCCAUCAUCUAUGACGAGGACGCCGCCGCGUACCUGACUGCACUCCACUGACCGAUGCACACCUCGGUCCAGCCGUGAGGCUCCGGUGGGAACAGAGCAUCGGUGCUUUUCUGUCGUGCCUUGAAAAAUAAUCAAAUGUGACAAAUGUCGGUUGUAAACCGAGCACUACUUAAUUGCCCUUUGUUAAAGAUACGUAGAUCUGUGGAUGGAUGUUGGUGUGGUGGCGGGGCCGACAUGUUUUCAAUAAUGAAUGUAUUGUAUUAAUGAAAGGUUAUGGGUGACCCUCUUUCAACCAGCCGUUUUCGGUUGAAAAGGUUGAAAAGGUCUCCGGUUAUGGGUAAUCUUUGUUUUAUGGCUGCUAGAAAUUAAGGAAAUGAAAAGCAGCCGUUGUACAACAUGAUGAUAAAUAAAAGUUUUGUUUAUUGUUGACACUCUUAACUGUCACACCAACACCAUGAGGGAACACAGUGGUGACACAAUCUUCCAUUAGUCCAGUAGUUUCCAUACCACUGGGCUAACAUCGUUUGUAGAUAAAACUGCUGUUGAGCCCCCCCAUGUGGACACAUUCACAGGUAUUAAUUCAAAUCACUGAUAUUCCUACGAUUUUGCUGCUAUUCUCAUCAAAUAAAAUAAAAUUUGGAAAUCAUGUUUUUUUCCAUUUGUAGGACUAUUUUAAAAAAAUUGAACUUGAGCCUUCACCCAGAUUAAACAGGAAAGUUGGAACACUUGUUUCAUGUCAUUAUUAGUUCAAUAUUUACACAACAAAGCUAACAAAAGCUCAGUUUGUUCAAAAAGAAGUCACUUGAAAUAUUCCAUGUAUUUUUUAGUAACAAUUCGUUUUUACAUGCAGCAAGAAAUACUGCAAUAAAAGCUUCUCGGUGCAUCUUAA